AUGAAUCUUCAAGACAAGUACAAACAAGACAUGAUAGAAGUGGUGCGGCAUUUGAUUCAUGCGGGCCAUGAUGUGCACGUGGUCACUGGUGCUCCUGAUUUCGUUUUCACCACUGAAAUACAGUCUCCUCGCUUAUUCAUUCGCAGAGUGCUUUUGGACUGUGGAGCUGUUCAGGCAGAUGCGUUGACAGUUGAUCGCCUUGCCUCUUUGGCAAAGUAUUCUGAAACAGCAGUGAAGCCCCGAGUGCAAAUCUUGGCUCAAGAAUCUGAGUGGCUGAACUCUGUCAAAGCUGACUUAGUGGUCUCCGAUGUUGUCCCAGUUGCUUGCCGAGCAGCAGCAGAUGCUGGCAUUCGUUCUAUUUGUGUGACCAAUUUCAGUUGGGACUUCAUAUAUGCAGAGUAUGUCAUGGCUGCUGGACUUCAUCAUCGUUCAAUAGUUUGGCAGAUAGCGGAGGACUAUUCCCAUUGUGAGUUCCUUAUCCGCCUCCCAGGAUAUUGCCCAAUGCCUGCUUUUCGUGAUAUUAUUGACGUCCCUCUCGUUGUGAGGAGAUUGCACAAAUCUUCAAAAGAGGUGAGGAAGGAACUUGGGGUAACUGAUGACGUGAAGCUAGUUAUUCUCAACUUUGGUGGGCAGCCAUCAGGAUUGAAGCUAAAGGAGGAAUUCUUACCACCUGGCUGGUUGUGCCUGGUUUGUGGGGCUUCUAAGAGUGAUGACCUUCCACCUAACUUCAUAAAACUUGCUAGAGAUGCGUAUACACCUGAUAUUAUUGCAGCAUCUGACUGUAUGCUUGGUCAGUAUGAAGCAAGGAAAAUUGGAUAUGGCACUGUUAGCGAGGCCUUGGCAUACAAGUGUCCUUUUGUCUUUGUACGCAGAGAUUAUUUCAAUGAAGAACCUUUUUUGAGAAAUAUGCUUGAGCAAUCUCAAUGUGGUGUUGAAAUGAUUAGGAGGGAUUUACUGACUGGUCAUUGGAGACCUUAUCUUGAACGUGCAAUAAGUUUGAAACCCUGCUAUGAAGCAGGCAUUAAUGGUGGUGAGGUGGCAGCUCACAUCCUGCAGGAGACUGCUUUGGGAAAAAAUUAUGCAUCAGAUAAGCUUAGUGGGGCUAGAAGGUUGCGUGAUGCAAUAGUCCUUGGGUAUCAACUCCAAAGGGCCUCUGGCCGAGAUAUUACUAUCCCAGAAUGGUAUGCAACUGCUGAAAACCAACUUGGGCACUCAACACCUAGUUCCCCUGUGGAUGAUGGAAGCUCUGCAUUAAGCCCGGACGUUGAAAACUUUGACAUUCUUUAUGGAGAUGUUCAAGGACUCUCAGACACCGUGGCAUUCUUACAUAGCCUAUCUGAAUUACAGGAGAAGCACACAAGGCGGGAGCGUAAGGCUGCAGCCAGUCUCUUCAACUGGCAGGAGGACAUUUUUGUGACGAGAGCUCCUGGAAGGUUAGAUGUUAUGGGUGGUAUUGCUGACUAUUCUGGAAGUCUUGUCCUACAGAUGCCAAUUAAAGAAGCCUGUCAUGUAGCUUUGCAAAGAAUCCAUCCAAGUAAACAUAGGCUGUGGAAACAUGCUGAGGCUCGACAGAAUGACAAAGGGGGAAAUCCAACUGCUGUCUUGCAAAUCGUAUCAUAUGGAUCAGAAUUGAGCAAUCGUGGCCCGACAUUUGACAUGGAUUUAUCUGAUUUUGUGGAAGAAGGCAAACCAAUCUCAUAUGAGAAAGCAAAGAAAUACUUUGCUCGAGAUCCUUCCCAAAAGUGGGCAGCAUAUGUAGCAGGGGCAAUUUUGGUCUUAAUGACUGAAUUGGGUGUUCAAUUUGAAGAUAGUAUAAGCAUGCUGGUUUCAUCUGCAGUUCCAGAAGGGAAAGGCGUAUCAUCUUCUGCCUCAGUGGAGGUUGCUAGUAUGUCUGCUAUUGCAGCCGCUCAUGGUUUAAAUAUCAGCCCAAGGGAACUGGCCAUACUAUGCCAGAAGGUUGGACUUUAUGCAGUGCUACAAUCCGUGGAAAACCACAUUGUAGGAGCUCCUUGUGGUGUCAUGGACCAGAUGGCUUCAGCAUGUGGUGAAGCCAACAAACUUCUGGCUAUGAUAUGCCAGCCUGCAGAAAUUGUUGGUCUUGUUGACAUUCCCAGCCAUAUCCGUGUCUGGGGAAUUGAUUCUGGAAUAAGACACAGUGCUGUCUAUUUCAGCGUCGGAGGUGCAGACUAUGGUUCUGUUAGAAUUGGCACCUUUAUGGGUAUGAAGAUGUUAAAGGCCAAGGCUUCUGAGGAAUUGUCUCAGAGUUGUGCAGCUAAUGGGUUGAACUAUGAUGAAGUGGAACAAGAUGAUCUAGAACUACUUAAACAAGAAGCCUCCUUAGAUUACUUAUGUAAUUUGCCACCUCAUAGAUUUGAGGCCCUUUAUGCUAAGUCUCUUCCCCAGACCAUUGUUGGUGAGACAUUUUUGGAGCAACAUAAAAAUCAUAAUGAUCCUGUUACUGUUAUUGAUCAGAAUCGAACUUACGGAGUUAAAGCUCCCACAAUGCAUCCAAUCUAUGAAAAUUUCCGAGUCCAGACCUUCAAAGCACUUUUAUCCUCUACAUCUUCAACCUAUCAGCUUACAUCCUUAGGAGAAUUGCUAUAUCAGUGCCACUAUAGCUACAGUGCUUGUGGACUUGGUUCUGAUGGCACAGAUAGGCUAGUACACUUGGUGCAAGAGUUGCAGCACAGUGCAGAAUCUAAAUCUGAAGGUGGGACUUUAUAUGGAGCCAAGAUAACAGGUGGUGGUUCAGGAGGAACAGUUUGUGUAAUUGGUAGAAACUGUCUCAAGAGCAGUGAACACAUUUUUGAGGUUCAGCAGAGGUACAAGAAAGCUACUGGUUAUUUGCCCUUUAUUUUUGAGGGUUCAUCACCAGGUGCCGGAAAAUUUGGGUACCUGAAAAUACGCCGUCGAUCUACCCCGAAAAAGGCUAACACCGGUGAGAAUGAUGCUGCAGUCACGGUGGAAAAUAGCAACCAAAGAAAUGGAGUCUUCUGGUGCAGCAAACCAGAAGCUCUUGGAAAAUGGCACUUCGUCUCAAUCUUCUCCUUCCUCUUCCUCCAUCAGAAAGGGUGGCUUGCGAACCAUGCCCUUCAUCAUAGGAAUGGAUCAGUGAACGAGUCUCUGGAGAAGCUGGCGAGCUAUGGGAUCAUGCCCAACAUGAUCCUGUACCUACUGAACGAUUACGGCAUGCCGAUUGCCAAGGGCACUAGCGUAAUUCACACUUGGUCUGCCACCUCCGAUAUCUUGUCCAUCUUCGGGGCCUUUCUCUCCGAUUCUUACUUGGGUCGAUUCCUCGUCAUUUCCAUCGGUUCCUUCUCCAGCCUUCUUAUUCCUGGAACCUGUCUUCCGAUGCUAGAGUUGUCAGCCAUGGCUUGGUUUUGUGUACUCUUUCAAAGUCUGCUUGAUAAUGGUUCAUUGCUUUGUUUGCCCGGAGAAUUCGGUUUAACCAUUUUGUGGUUAACUGCCAUGACCCCAGAGCUAAGACCUUCCUGUGAAUCAGUCAUGCUAGACUGCAACUCUGCCACAUCAGCCCAACUAGCUGUUUUGUUCCUUUCCAUGGGAUUAAUUUCCAUUGGAGCUGGUUGUGUCAGACCUUGUUCCAUAGCAUUUGGAGCAGAUCAACUGACAAAUAAAGAAGGAUCUAAUAAUGAGAGAGUCUUGGAUAGCUACUUUAAUUGGUAUUAUACCUCAAUUGCGAUAUCAACUGUGAUUGCUUUGAGCGUAAUUGUGUACAUUCAAGAAAAUCUUGGAUGGAAAAUUGGGUUUGGAGUACCUGCUGUGCUAAUGUUCAUAUCGGCUGUCAGUUUCAUUCUUGGUUCACCGUUCUAUGUUAAAGCACAGCCAGGUCACAGCUUACUCACUACUUUUGUUCAAGUAGUUGUGGUGGCCAUAAAGAACAGAAAACUUAGUCUUCCUGAUUCUUGUGAUCAGUAUUAUCAAGAACGUGAUUCAGAUCUGGUGGUCCCUACUGAUAGCCUUAGGUGUUUGAACAAAGCUUGCAUAAAAAAAACUCCUGAGACUCUCUCAAACCCUUAUGGAUCAGUUUCAGAUCCAUGGAGCCAAUGUACAGUGGGACAGGUCGAAUCACUGAAAUCUUUGCUCAGAGUGCUUCCUAUGUGGUCCACGGGCAUCUUUAUGAUGGUGUCCCAAAGCUCAUUCUCUACCCUCCAAGCAACUACCAUGGACCGAAGGUUAUUUGGAAAUUUCAAGAUACCUGCAGGGUCCUUCACUCUUAUCAUGGUAAUCACAUUAUCAAUAAUCAUUCCCAUAUAUGACCGCAUAAUGGUACCUGUGCUAGCAAAAUACUGGGGCCUGCCUAGAGGGUUCAAUUCUAAAACACGAAUUGGUAUAGGAUUGCUUUUUGUGUGUGCAGGUAAGGCAACAUCAGCUAUAGUUGAAACUAUGAGACGAAAUGCAGCCAUUGAACAAGGCCUUGAGGACCAACCUAAUGCUGUAAUUCACAUGUCAGUUUUAUGGUUGGUUCCUGAGUUUUUUUUGCUUGGGAUAGCUGAGGCAUUUAACCCUGUAGGGCAGGUUGAGUUUUUCUACACUUAUUUCCCGAAGACCAUGUCUAGUUUUGCAAUGGCUCUUUUCACUCUUGAACUAGCUGCUGCUAAUGUAGUGGGAAGUAUCUUGGUGAGCAUAGUAGACCAGGUCACUAGUGUAGGAGGGACGGAGAGCUGGUUAUCAUCUAACAUUAAUAGGGGACAUUUGAAUUACUAUUAUGCCCUGCUCACUUUGUUGGGUGUAAUUAACUUCCUCUACUUUCUUGUUAUUUGUUGGGCUUAUGGUCCUAGUCCGGGACAAAAGAUUGAAGCUUCAGCAGACAAGAAAGAAGAGAAAUUUGAUUACAAGGAGCUGCCUACAUCCUAG